AUGAUGGCUCUUCCAAUAAUAUACAUCAACAGCUGGCCUGGCGCAGGCAAAUACACCGUUGCGAGAGAACUCGAAAAACAGAUGGAUGGAAAAGUUCGCGUUGUUCGCAACCACCUCCACAUCGACCUUGCUGGGGCGAUCCUUCCACGAACGAGUGCCGACUACCUUGAGCUGCGUCAUCAACUGCGCUUCGCCCUCUUCAACACUCUCGCCACAUCUCCGGAUUCUUUCGACCAUUUUUAUGUCUUCACCGAUUUCCAGACCGCCAACGAAGAAGGCAUAUCGGUAGCCUCAGAGUACGAGGCCGCGGCUAAGAAACGAGGCUGCGCUUUUAUCCCCGUCAUACUUACAUGUCAAGUCGCGGAGAACGAACGGAGGUUGCGAUCACUAGAGCGUCUAGGAGCGGUAGAGGGUGGCAACGGCAUGCUGGUAGAUACUGAUGUGCUGAAACUGUUCCGGGAGCGUGGGGACGUUUACAGGUUCCAAUGUUCCGAGCAGCUGGUCUUGAAUGUUACGGAAAUUACACCCGUGCAGGCGGCUGAGAAGAUCAUGCAGCAUGUAAGAGCGGUAUGUGGGGGAAGAGGGGAGGAGCGGAGGAAGGGGGGGGGUGGAGGAACAGGCAGUGUGAUGAGGGGGUGA